UUCCCCUAUAGCCAACGACACACUUUUCUUGAGAAAAACCGGUGAGAGGCUUGACUGAUUUCCUUCUUUUCUUGUCCAAGAACCCAUUUAGGAUUUCAAAAUUUCUCCCCUGCAGAAGAAAAAUUCAGAUCUGCUGUUGCUUCCUUCUCCCUCUGUCCGUUGGCCUCUGCUGUGUGAGGUUGAGUUCGGUUUUUAGUAAGAAAUAGCCAAGAAUUCGUCCUUUUAGCCUUGAUUCAAGUUGGGUUACUCUAAUUUCCUUUUUUUUCCUUCAAUUUUGGUGUUAGUUCUCUCCAAUUCCGGCCAGCUCUCCACACCGCUAGCUCCGGUUUCAGCUUGCUGGAAUUUUCUGGUCUGAUGGACAACUUCCUUUAAGUCCAAUUUCACCAAUUUAGCUGUUGUUUGAAUUUCCCUGUAUUGUCCGAAAUUUGCUGAAAGAUGGGGAUGAAUUCCGGUAGCAAUUAGAACAUUUUAAAUGUGUUUUGUUGCUUAAUUCAUGUAAAAUUUAGUUGAUUUGGGCUGUUGUGAUGUUGUGUAGGAGAAAUCCCGUGACUUAGCCAUUGUUGGCCAAAGUCGUGGGUCUCAAUUGGAAAAUUUGAAUUGAUGUUGGAUGAGGAAGGAGAAGAAUUGAUUGAUGAAGAUGAAGAUGAAGAAUUGAUCAACGAAGAUGGCAAGGAAAGGAACAGGAAGCAUACCUACUUGAAAUUUAAUUGAUUGUCCUGAUGAUCUGAAAGUGAUUGGUGAAUUAUGAUUUUCUGUUAACUUCUACCUGUUUUGUCUCCGAUAUGGUCAUGUUAUUCAUGUGCUCGCUAGUGGGAGGUUUAUAAACGCUAGCACAUGUCGACAUGUUACUGAUAGAACCGGUUCGUUUCUGUUAUCCUGCUAGUGGGAUUAUACACUAGUAAAUCGUGUGCUUGUCA